AUAUCGAUAACAUCGUAAAAACAUCAUAGUUACGCUUGCGCGUUGUGGGCUAGACACAAAUUUUAAUUAUCAUAUUAAACGUAUUCAAUUGCUACAAAUAUGUCUGAAAAAGUAAAGACGAAGUCAUUAACUGUGUAAGGAUGAGGAUCCACCCAAUGGCGAGUUGGCAAACAAGUAAAUAAAGGCCUAGAAAAGUGCAACAAAAUACGCCUGGCAGUUUGUGCGUCUGUGUGUGUGCCAUUGAUUACAUAGUUGGUUUAGGCGACGCACAGGUGCGAGCGAGAGGGGGUAUCAUCCGAAAAGGGGCAGCAACAGAAACCGCAUUCCAUUUCCAGAAAUCCAGGUUGCAGCUUCCAUCCAUGAGAAAGUGAUCAGAGCGCCAUGCAUCACCAUCAUCCGCCUUUGCCCAUAACAGGAGCAAGUGGCUCCACGGCAGCAAGUACGGGAGCAGCUGUAGCUGAGGAUCCGGCACCUGCUGUGGCCACUGGAUCUUCCAGCAUAACAGCCUCAACCACGCCCUCGGGAUCGAACACCCAACAACACCAGCGACGUCGCAAGAAGCGUCCUAACUACAAUUACAAUGGCAUCCGCACUGUGGAAGUGCGACGUGGUUACAAUGGAUUUGGUUUUACCAUCUCUGGGCAGCAACCUUGCCGGCUAUCCUGCAUCAUCAGCAGCUCUCCAGCUGAACAAGCUGGCCUACGAUCCGGCGAUUUUCUCAUCUCUGUCAAUGGUCUGAAUGUCUCCAAGUUGCCACACGAAACCGUGGUCCAGCUAAUAGGCAACUCUUUUGGCAGCAUACGAAUGCAGAUUGCCGAGAACUAUUACUCGGACAGCUCGGAUGAGGAAAACGCCCACGCUACGCUGCGGGGCCAACUUCUGGCCGCCAGUUUGAGGCACAAGCCAAGGUUUCUUCACCAUAAGGCGAAACUUCACAGACUGCGUAACUCGCCCCAGAAGAAGUUAAACCCUCCAGAGGCUGUGGAACCCCAGAAAUCAAAGUCAUCACCUGAUCAUCUUACAUUAAGACCGGUUUUGGAGGAUGCUCCUCUAACAGCCAAUCUAUCCAAAGCAGCGGAUGUGGCUAAUGUUAGUGCAAUGGUGCGGGCUGUGGGCAGUGCUGCACUAGAAUAUCGCGUUAUUGUGGGCUAUCUAGGAACUAUUGAGAUGCCGAAGCAAAUUUCGCAUAGCUCCAAGCUCCAGACUGUGAGGUCGUGUAUACGGAAGCUCCGCCAGGAAAAGCGACAACCCACCAUAGUGCUGAUGUGCAUCACUCCAGAUAGCUUGAGCCUACAGAGCGCUAGUGGUGGAGUGUUGGCCACGUACUCCUCGGCCAGGCUCAAUUUUGUGAGCUCUUCGUCGGAGAGUGAGAAUCGCUUCUUUGGUUUAGUGACCAGCGCUGUGCACAACACCCAGAUCGAGGAGGAGUACGAGCCUAGUGCUGGCAGCGGUGCAGCUGCUGGCCACAUCAGCAUCUCGCACAGCUGCCAUGUUUUUGUGAUCGACACCAAACUGAUUGAGCAUGCCCAGCACUUGCAGCGGGCCCAUGAGUUCCGAUUGCAGUGCACCAGGGAUCCCAUUUCGAAUUUGUGCCUAGAGUUCCCCAAUAACUCGGAGUAUGUGGUGAACCUAGUGCGAAGCAUGUAUACAAUGCGAAUUCUGCCACCGGCUAGUCGAAGUCAUCAGGCGGACUAUGAGGUGGGUGGACCUGUUGCUGCUGGAGGAGCAGCUGCUCACUCACCGCAGCCAUCGAACCACAGCGAGAUCUCCACUACAACUUCCAAUUCGGAUUCAGGGAUUGGGUUCAACAACGACUGUACGAAUAUUUCGGAUCGAAUUCUAGUAGUGGACUUUCUGGGUGCUGGAGGAGCAGGAGGAGCACAUGCUGGGCCACCAGCUUACCCAGCGCCAGCUCGUCCGCUGGGCAUAGUGGGAAUCCCGGAUAACCGACUGACUGUACGGGCCAUGCCCGAUCAUGCUGCUCUUUUAACAUCACCGCCAGAGAGCUCUUCGCUGCGCCGACCCAAUAUCUUGGCGAGUUUCAAUCUUCUCAAGAGUCCUGCCACGAAUCUCACGUCCACUCGCUCCUGUGAUGAUGUUCUGAAUCUUUUUGUGGACGAUUCACCUCGUCACUUAGGCGCAGUGGCCUCAAUGGAUGACAUCUCGCUACAUUCUGCUGCUCCUUCUCUGGAUGAUGGUCACACAUUUGCCCAUCCAGCCUGUGUGCCCCGCAAGAUGCGCAGAUCUUUGAUUUUGGAGACGCCGACAACGCCACACAAGCUUAGUGCCCAAGUUUUUGGUCAACCAGGAUCACGGCACUCCCUUGGAUUUGAGGCCAUCGAUAGUGUGCAGUCUUCGGUAAACGGGGCAUGUAUCGACCAGCCAAUGGAUACAUGGGCCAGCCUGCAGAAUUUACAUAAAUCUCACAAGGGUCGAACCAGCCUAUCGGCCUCUUCGUCCUCACAUUGCCUUAUAGAAGCUACAAACAGUGAACCAGAUUUGGGGAAUCGCGCUCUGCCCGCCAAUGCCUCGCCCUUCCGCCGAGCCUGGGGACAAUCUUCCUUUCGCACACCCCGCUCUGACAAGGUGGCCAAAGAGCAGCAAAUGCAAGGUCAGUCGUCGCCUGUGAGACGCACUGCCUCAAUGAACGCCUCCGACAACGACAUGUACAUCAAAACACUGAUGCUGGACUCAGAUCUAAAGUCAACGCGCAGCCAGCAUCAGCUAAGUCUGUUGCAAGUGCCCAAGAUCCUAACCACGCCAGCACCGCCCUCCGCCGUUACCGUAUCCGUAACUUCAGCUGAGGAAGCAGCCCAGGAACACGGCUGUCCCAGCAGCUGGGGUGGUUCCUUUGAACGGAUGCUGCAGGAUGCCGCCGGAAUGCAAACCUUCUCUGAAUUCCUGAAGACGGAGUUCUCUGCUGAGAACAUCUACUUUUGGACUGCCUGCGAACGCUACCGUCUGUUGGAAUCUGAAGCAGAACGAGUCGUUCAGGCACGUGAGAUUUUUGGCAAGCACUUGGCCAACAGCAGCAGUGAUCCAGUUAAUGUGGACUCACAGGCACGCAGCCUAACGGAGGAGAAGCUAGCCGGCGCCGAUCCAGACAUCUUUGCGCCGGCACAGAAGCAGAUCUUCAAGCUAAUGAAGUUCGACAGCUAUCAGCGGUUCAUUCGCUCGGACUUAUAUAAAAGCUGCGUGGAGGCUGAGCAGAAGAACCAGCCGUUGCCCUACAGCGGAAUGGAUCUGGACGAGCUGCUCAAGACAAAUUUUCACGUGGGUGCCUUCUCUAAGCUCAAAAAAUCGGCUAGCAAUGCGGAGGACCGGAGGCGCAAGAGUUUGCUCCCCUGGCACCGGAAGACGCGGAGUAAAUCCCGCGAUCGCACGGAGAUAAUGGCUGACCUCCAAAAUUCGCUGAUGCCAGCACCACCAGUACCUCCACCUGCCCAACUCACCUGUGCUUCCCUGAAGCUAGUUUCCGGGCAGAAUUCUAUGAGUGAUCUGCACAGUUCUAGAUCAUCGUUGUCCUCUUUUGAUGCGGGCACAGCUACCGGCGGACAAGGAGCCAGCGUUGAGAGCGUAUGUUCGUUGUGUCGAGUGAUACUUACCGAUGGAGCAACUACUAUAGUCCAGACAAGAGCUGGUGAAACAGUCGGGGAGUUGGUGGAACGCCUGCUGGAGAAGAGGAACCUUGUGUAUCCUUACUACGACAUAGUGUUCCAGGGCAGCACCAAAUCCAUCGAUGUGCAACAACCUUCACAAAUUCUAGCCGGCAAGGAGGUGCUGAUCGAGCGGCGGGUGGCCUUCAAGCUUGAUCUGCCCGACCCGAAGGUUAUCUCGGUGAAGAGCAAACCCAAGAAGCAGCUUCACGAGGUAAUCCGGCCUAUACUCAGCAAAUACAACUACAAAAUGGAGCAGGUGCAGGUGAUCAUGAGGGACACUCAGGCCCCACUGAACCUCAAUCAACCCGUAACCAUGGCCGAUGGCCAGCGAUUGCGCAUCGUGCUCAAUCCGGAUUUUCAGGUAGGCGGCGGCAGUAGCAUGCCGCCGAAGCAAAGUAAACCAAUGAAGCCUCUGCCGCAGGGUCAGCUGGAUGAGUUGACAAACAAAGUGUUUAACGAACUGCUUGCCAGCAAGGCUGCAGAUGCGGCGGCCAGUGAAAAGUCGCGCCCUGUCGAUCUGUGCUCCAUGAAGUCCAACGAGGCUCCCUCCGAGGGAUCCUCCUCGUUGUUUGAACGGAUGCGGCGCCAGCAGCGAGAUGGUGGCAACAUUCCAGGCAGCAAACUACCCAAGCUCAAGAAGAAGUCCACUAGCAGUCAGCAAUCCGAAGAGGCGACGACAACAACUCAAGCGGCUGCUGACCCCAAGAAGCCGAUUAUAGCCAAGCUAAAGGCAGGCGUGAAGCUGCAGGUGACGGAGCGAGUAGCCGAGCACCAAGAUGAACUACUCGAGGGCCUGAAGAGAGCACAGCUUGCACGGCUGGAGGAUCAACGUGGCACGGAGAUAAAUUUUGAUCUGCCUGAUUUCCUAAAAAACAAGGAGAAUCUCAGCGCAGCUGUCUCAAAGCUACGCAAGGUGCGCGCCAAUUUGAGUCCCGUGAGCAAGGUACCAGCAUCGCCCACGGAAAUUCCACAGCCAGCGCCACGCUUGUCAAUCACACGUAGCCAACAGCCCGUGUCGCCUAUGAAGGUGGAUCAGGAGUUAGAGACUGAGUUGCCUGCCGUUACGCAGGACCAAACAGAAUUUGCCAAAGCGCCGCCUCCGCUGCCGCCCAAGCCAAAGGUGCUGCCCAUAAAGCCCUCCAACUGGGGUGCGACCGUAAGCCAGACUACGGGCAACUAUUGCAACAAGUUCUCUCCCAGCAAACAAGUGCCGACAUCAUCCAAAGAAGCCAACAAACCGGCAACGUUUGUGAGCAAAAUACCACUGGAAAUGGGACGAAAGUCUCUAGAGGAGGCGGGCUCACGGUGUGCUUACCUCGAUGAGCCUAGCAGCAGCUUCGUGUGAUAUGGGUGCUUCACGCAUUUGAAAUGGCUUUACUGAUCUUGCUUGUAUAUAUAUAUAUAUAUGUUCCCUAUUUAUUGAUACUUCAUAUACUAUUUCGUGUUGAAUGUCCAAAAAACUCCAUGACAAACUACCGUAUGAAAGCCUGUAUUUAUAACUAUCAAAAAUAAGCUUUAGUUUUAGUACAUUUUGUAUAAAUAUACAACAGACAUAAAAUUA